CCUUUAGCUGCUACAAGAGAUGACUCCAAUCUGUAAACAGCACACUCAAGGCGAUGGGUAACCUCGGGUGAACUAGUGCUAAAGGCCUAAACGGACCGAGACCAUGACCAACCCAUUCAAGGGACAAGUGACCCACUUGUACAAAACUUUGCUGCACUUGGGGCGAAAUUACCCUCAGGGCUUCACGUACUUCAGACAACGCCUGAAAUCGGCGUUUAUGAAGAACAAAGAUGUCACAGACCCAGACAAGAUUCAAAAGCUUCUUGCCCGUGGAGACUUUGUCAUCAAGGAAAUACAGGCCCUCUAUUUUCUGAGGAAGUACAGGGCAAUUAAAAAACGCUACUAUGACGAUGAAAAAUGAACUGUGCCUACAGUCUAUAAGGCUGCAGCACCAUGUUAUCAGUAUCCGUCACCAGGCCUGCCAUACAUACACAGUUUGAAAGCAAACUGUAUUUAAAGAAGGACAGUGCGAAGCACAUUUUUUGAGUCAUGUAGCCUACCUUACACAAAAGGUCAACUAUAGUAAAGGGACACUUCCUCUUGACAGAGGAGACUGUAAACAUGGCAAGCACCAUGUGCCAUGUUGAUAUACACAUAUGAAAUAAGGCCUGUCUGAAUUGCACUCUUUUGGUUUUUGGUGUAUGAAUGUAGUGUAGUCAGUGUUAACAUUACCUGAAUGUCAAUGGAUGUACUGACAAUAAAUGCUUUUUUUAAAAAUA